AUGAUUACACGGCGUGUAAAAAACUCUACAUCGAAUCCACUUGCCGUCGAAACACUUCAACGUCAUGCAUGGAAUUAUUCAUGGUGGCCAUGCACAACUGGUCAGAUAACUGCUGGAAGCUAUAUGAUUGGUUCUGAAAGUAUUAUUUGUCCUUCCGGUGGUUCAUCGAAUAUUAGUACUAUCGGUACAGUAGUUGUUCCAUGUACUGGUUUUAAUCAAAUUGAAAGCUAUGUUAGUGGCGAAGGGCGAUUUACUUUUCGUGUUCCGUCUAGCUCUCUAUUUCGAGCAGCAUUUAACAGCUCAGCAUGGUUUUCGUUGGUUACUGAUGGGGGAGCAUGGUCAGUAGCAACAGAAAUUAACACUUAUAUACGGCCGCGUGGACGAUAUAAUCAAGCGCCUAUUGUUACAAUGCUACCAAUUAUUCGACUUCAUCGUUUUCCUACGUAUAAUAUCAAAAUAAAUGUUGCUGAUAAUGAUUUUGAUCGAUAUACAUGCAUUUGGUUAAAUACAAGUCAAGAAUGUGCUGGUGUAUGUCGAUAUGCACUUGCAUUACCUGUCACGACUUUUCUCAAUGAGGCUAGUUGUGUUCUUCGUUUCAGACCAGUUACAAUUGGUUACUAUGCUCUAGCAUUGACUGUGCUUGAUUUUGAAAACGAUACAAGUACGCCACCUCUUUCACAUGUACCUAUUCAGUUUACUUUGAAUGUUUGGGAUUCGAAGAUAACAUGCUCUUUACCACCACUUUAUAUUGGUGAUGUACCUGCUGAUCAAUGUAUUUUUCUUGUGUCUGGUCAAUUGAUCACAAUGGUUCUUCGAAUUCAGAUUCAAUGUCCAAAUGCGACAUUAACUAGUAUAAUUGGUCUUUAUCCAGCAGGCUUCACGCAAUCAGCAGCAUAUACAGACCCGUAUAACCGAACUACUAAUGCUUUUAACGUAUAUUAUACAGGUAAUCUCAAUAAAGUAGGUCAAAAUCUAUUUUGUUUUGCUGGUGUCGACUCGAUUGAUAAUCAAGGUGAUGCAACAUGUCUCUGUCUUAGUGUUCAAAUAGCUCAAGAUAGUCUUAAUAGUCUUUAUGUUAGCAAUGCAACACGUUUUCCGAUGGGUCUUGUAUCAAAAUAUCAAUCGAAUUAG